GUCGUGUUGAGGCACAACAAAUAUUGACGAAAAUCUUUCCUGACGUGCGCUGUGUUAAGCCUGAUAAACGCAUUUGCUACUGCUCGUUGUCGAAGUGGACGCAGUUUCGGACGCUAAUCAUUAGAGAAGAGUUCUUGUGGCGCGACCCAAACCAUUAUUGUAACCUUCGACAUUGCACGUUGAUUGAGGAACUGAUUGCACCUGAUAUCUACAUUAUGAGCCAUUCAUUGGAUGGAUUCAUGCCCUUGCCCAAGCUGCGGACCAUUACUAUUUGUGUGUCCCACAGAUAUAUAAACACGCCGCUUAACGCUCUGAAGGGUAUAGACAAAUACGGCGGUACUAAAGGCAAUACAGACAACAUACGCGGUUUGAUGCUAGACGGAGUUUGGUGCACAUAUUCCGAUCUAUGCGGUGUGGUUAUAUCUUUAAGAAACCUUGUGCGGCUGAAUCUCGACCGCUGGAGCUGCUUAAAUGAGAAACGCCUCUGGGAAAAUUGUAGCCAAAAGCCCAUCGCUGGAGAUCCUGGAUAUAACAAGGAUGAAUCUUGGAAUGGACUUUUUUUCAUCAAACCGACGUCUUAAGUGGAACGUCAUGCACUAUCGCCGUGCUCCUUUGACAGUCUUCUACGCUUAUACUGACCAAGAGCUGAUCCGUCGUUACUUUACGCAUCCUCGAGUGCAACUUAUACCGGAUCACAAAAUACAAAAACCCCUUCUUGGAUUCAUUAUACAAUUGGAAUUAACUCCUUUGGAUGAAGAAUUAAUUCCAAUCGAAUAAUAUAUGCAAUUGAAUGCAUUUUGGGAGUGAAGUUUGUACCCAACAUUUAAAGCGCUUCUUAAGUUUUUACUAUAUAUAUAUCUGUA